AUGGAAAGUUUAAAACAAGAAUCUUCUUUAUUGCCACCAGAAGCAUCAUCUUCAUGUGCAGCAUCUUCGACGUCAACAUCAACAGUGUUAUCGUCAAUUUCAUCACCCAGACGAAAAAUCGGCAACCCUAAAAAAAGGACAACUGGUAAUCUUAUGGAAUUAAUAUCAAAAUCUUCUGCAUAUAAAAGUGAUCCACCAACCAUAAUUUUACCAGAUUUUUUUUAUUUGGGUGACUCAAAAACUGCUUGUUGGUUACCACAUUUUGUCAAUUGGAAUAUCACACAUGUCAUCAAUUUAUCAGGUUGUUCAAAUUUUUGGGAAACUAAAGAUAAGAUUGACUAUGAAAUCUCAAAUCUUGAAUUUGAUGACGAAAUGACUAAUGAUUUAGAUGAAUUUAAGGAAGAAGUUGUUGGCAAAGAUAUUAAUAAUAAACCACUUUUUUUUAUUCCUAAAUUUGCACAAAACAAUCAAGUAGGUAACAAUAAAGUUACUCACGACAAAUCAUCACCGUCAUCAUCACUGUCAACAAAAAAAAUAUAUCAAAACUUCGAUCCUCCUAAAUAUUUAAAAAUCGACAUUUUAGAUGAUCCAAAAUCAAAUAUAUCGAAAUACUUUAAUCAAUGUAUUGAAUUUAUCGAGAAAGCAAAAGAAUCAAAUGGCCGUGUUUAUGUUCAUUGUUAUGCUGGUAUUAGUAGAUCAACAACAGUGGUGAUUGCUUAUUUGAUGUAUUCAUGUAGAUUUUCAUUAAAAAAAGCUUUGAAUUUAGUUAGGGAAAAACAUAAAAUUGUUAGACCAAAUUCAGGAUUCAUUAGACAAUUAGAAAAAUUUGAAAAGGAGAUUUCAUUAAAAGAUUAA